UUCACUUGUUUUCUUUCCGCCAUAUUGUGGGACAAGGAGCGUUCCACUUAUAACAUCCAGACCUCCAGAUUUUCCACGCAACCCUUAUCCACCAUGUUUCGCAACAACAGCCGACCUGGAGAUAACAUGAAGCGUAGCAACAACAAUCGAUUCGAGGAACGAAGGAGCUACGGCGGUGGAGGAGGAAGUUUCGGCGGCGGCAACAGUUUCGGCGGAGGCAGAGGAGAUUUCGGCCGCAACAACAAGACGGGCCGAAACCCGGGCGAGGGACUUCGCAAGCCAGUCUGGAAUUUGAAAUCGCUGCAGCCGUUCUCGAAGAACUUCUACGUCCCUCACGCGAAUGUGGCCAGCAGGUCUCGCAUGGAGGUGGAGGCCUAUCGAGGAGGCAAGGAGAUCACCGUCAAGGGCACCACGGUCCCCAACCCUUUGCAACAGUUCGAGGAAUGCAACUUCCCCGACUACAUCAUCAACGAGAUCAAGAAGCAAGGCUUCAACGAGCCAACCUCCAUCCAGUCUCAGGGUUGGCCGAUCGCCCUCAGCGGCAGGGACAUGGUGGGCAUUGCGAUGACCGGCUCCGGCAAGACCUUGGCUUACAUGCUGCCCUCGGUGGUGCACAUCAACAACCAGCAGCCCCUCGGCAAGGGCGACGGACCCAUUGCCCUGGUCUUGGCGCCCACGCGAGAAUUGGCCCAGCAGAUCCAGCAAGUGGCCAACGACUUUGGCACCUCCACUUUCAUCCGCAACACUUGCAUCUUCGGCGGCGCCCCGAAAGGCCCCCAGGCCAGGGAUCUGGAGAGGGGCGUCGAAAUUGUCAUCGCCACCCCAGGCAGGCUGAUAGACUUUUUGGAAAGGGGCACCACCAACCUCAGGCGAUGCACCUACCUGGUUCUGGACGAGGCUGACCGCAUGCUGGACAUGGGUUUCGAGCCGCAGAUCAGGAAAAUUGUGGAACAAAUUAGGCCGGACAGGCAGACUCUGAUGUGGUCUGCGACGUGGCCGAAAGAGGUGAAAAACCUAGCCGAAGAAUUCUUGACUGAUUACAUCCAAAUCAACAUUGGCUCGCUUCAGCUGUCAGCCAACCACAACAUUUUGCAAAUUGUGGACGUCUGCAUGGAGCAUGAAAAGCAAUUCAAGCUUAGCAAACUUCUGCAAGAGGUAGGAGCCGAGAGUGAUAACAAGACCAUCAUCUUUGUUGAGACCAAGCGCAAGGUUGAGGAAAUUACAAGGAACAUCAAGCGAGAAGGUUGGCCCGCAGUUGCCAUCCACGGGGACAAAUCUCAGCCUGAGCGCGACCAUGUUCUCAAAGAGUUCAGAAAUGGCCGCUGCCCAAUUCUCGUGGCCACCGAUGUCGCAGCUCGUGGCUUAGAUGUUGAAGAUGUCAAAUUUGUCAUCAACUUUGACUACCCGAACUCGUCUGAGGACUACAUUCAUCGCAUUGGACGAACUGGACGGUCUUGCCAGAGCGGCACAUCGUACGCCUUCUUCACUCCCAACAACGCUCGGCAGGCCAAGGACUUGGUGUCUGUUCUCCGAGAGGCAAACCAGGUGGUCAACCCAAAGCUGCUCGAGCUGGCAAACUCCAGGGGCUCAUACGGAGGCGGUGCUAAUGGCAAAAAUCGGCCUCGAUGGAACAACUCGAACGGCUACAGCAACGGUCGGGACAUGAAGAACGGAGGCGGCCACCCCCGUCACAACGGCCAGUACAACGGCUCCAGCAUGGGCGGCGGCAGCAGUGCCUCCAGCGGUGGCCGCUGGGACCAGCCCCAGAACGGCUACUCCCACGGCCCCCCGAAACACCUCCAGAACAACUUCAACGUCCCUCCCCCUCCCCUGAACGGCUACGAGACCAAAGCGAUUCCCGCGUCCAACGGAUACGGGUACCACAGCCAGAAGGUGGAGACGGCCGUCCCACCGCCCCCUGCCUCGACCGCGGCCGCCAUCAAGGCCCUCACAUCCCAACCCCCACCCCCGCCACCAACCGACAAUUUCUACCAGGCUUACUAUCAAGCCUACUGCAGUCAAAUGGGCGUUGCGGCCCCCUCAACCUAAGGAUAUAAAACGUUUUCUUGUUGCUUGGAUCACUGUUUCUUGACAAAAAUAUCAAUGUGUUAAUUCAUUUCUUGGGACGUCGACACUGAAGAUCUCUCCGAUUUGAAAUCUCGUAUAGGCAAGACUUGAAGAUAAAUUUUUGAAAACAGGGUCUUGGAAUGAAAUGAGAAUUUUACAAAAAAUAGAUUUGAACCACUCCGUCCUUGUGGUCGAACAGUUGUGAAAUGCUCUGAGCACAAGGUUGGUUUUCGAAAAGUUGAUUUUAUUUCCCGGAUCUCCCUAAGGGGUGUUGCUUUAGUUUUUGUUCUCUUAUUGCACAAUUUGCCUCUUGUUAAAUCAUUAAUCAUUCGAAACUAAAAUGAAAGUGAGAUGAAAACCAAAACAUUCUGAUUGUGUUGAAAGCUAAAUAAAUUUCUUCUAACGGAUGAAAAUGUUAAGUAAGCUUGCCUAACGCAUAGUUAAUUAAUGGUUUAAGAUUCUUAGUCCUAUUGCUAUUCUAAAAUGUUGUAUAAUUAAAUGCAAAGGGAUGGACCAGGCGUUUGUUCUAGCAUUCGUUAAUUUGCUGUUGUAUACUUUUUUAAUUGAACCUGGUCCAAAGUUUGUGUAUAAUGAACUGCGUCUGCUGCUGUGUUUUUGAGAACGACUCUCUACAGAAUGGUUGUACUGUGAUUGCACCCGACGGGAGUUUUCAUGAGAUAUUCUUGGUGCAUAAUUGGAUUGCAAUGUACUUUAAAGUGGAAAAUCUGCAAAAUUGAUCGAAAGCUCCUAUGAAUCCCAAAGUAGAAGCAUGUGUAGAAAGUUGUUGUUUUAUAGCAGAAGGCAAAUUUAGGAAACAACUGAAAAAAAAAUAAUAAUUCCUCUAGUUGAUAUAAGUACAGGAGCGCUGAGUGUGCUUUCAAGUGUCGGAUAGACUGCUGAGAAUUUAACCAGGAGUUAAUAAUCAGUCGAACUCCUCCGAAGAUGUUGUAAUAGGCGGCAGCUAGCAAAAUUUGUAUGCCUAUAGUUGUCAAUUUCGUGAAUCCGAUUGCAAAAGAAGCAGAACAAACGGCAUAUCUUUAGAACCAAAUCAACAAGGUCACUGAAUACAUAAAAAAAAUAUUUCAGUUUGAGUGAAAAUCAUGAUCCAAAAGUCACAAAAAUCACAUUAUUAUAAAUAUAUAAUUACACUAAGAUUGCAAAAGAAUUGUGUGGAACCGCAAUCCCAAAUGGGUUGCAAGAGUUUCCUUCAUAUUGAUCAAUGUUUCAUCAUAUUUGCUAUUGUUCUUCACUCGUGAACUUGAAUUUUGGCUGUGAGUCAAAUUUUGAGUGACGCAAAUUGAAAAAAAGAGUUGUUUUGAAUUGAGUAAAACUGUAGUUGCUCUGAUGCUGGAAGUCGCUGACUGUGAUUUGAUCAGUUUGGGCUGAUGGAAUUCGUUGUCUCGCACUAUAAUAGUGCAGCAAAAGCAGUGCACAAGCUCAAUUUGAAGGAUCGUUCUUAAUAGCUUCUGAAAACAUGAGGAAAUAUCACUGCACACACUGAAAUUAUUCUGUAUGACUAUAGACAUUCUUUCUGUGAUGUUUAGAUGAUUUCCUAUAAUUUAUUUCCUUGUAAUUUAACUAGAAAUAAAAAGUUCUCUUAACAUUGAA